CACAAAAUGACGUACAGGACUCUCGGAUGGCUUUAAGGCUGUGCAAUAAGCGAUCAAGGCUGUGCUGGCAAUUAAGCUUGUCGGAUAUGGAUUUCUCCCAGGGUCUUUUAUGGAGACGGUGAAUUUUGACCGUGGAUUUUAUAUGUGCUUUGAGAUGUGAGACCCUGGUAGUUGGAGAUCAUCAUCAUGAUCACGGAGCGUUAUGCAUGGGAUGAGCGAGAGUCGAUGAUGCUUUGACUUUGAGGGAGAUGCUUGGUAUGGAGAUGAGUUGGGAUUGAGGAAAGGAUUGUUUGGGGGUUCAUGGUUGGCUUCAUGGAGAGAUGUUGUGUAUAAAGUGAAGAGAGAAGCGCAGCAAGAAGAGAAGUCUCAUCAUUCACAUCUUGACAUCUUCAAGCAUCACAAUCACUACCAGCUCAACAGCUAUCACCAGCCUCAUUAUUCUCUUCAGCAUCAAAAACUUCAUGAUGAAAUUCCUCAACCUCGCAGCCCUCGCAACCGCCGUGGUCGCUCAAUCCGACCUCGCCAGCAUUCUCUCCUCCCAAUCCGACCUCUCCACCCUCGCUGAGCUCCUCGCUCUCGUCCCCGACAUCGCAGAGACUCUUGCAUCCGCCAGCAACAUUACCAUUUUCGCUCCCACCAACGAUGCAUUUGCCUCGGUCCCCCGAGACAUUCCUGAGGGUGAAGCUAUUUCUCAGCGCAACGAUACCAUCGCUAUUGGUGCUCUGCUCUCAAACCACGUCUUCAAGGGCUAUUAUCCUGCCAAGGUUGCUACGGAUGUCCCUGUGUUUGUGCAAUCUCUUUUGGAUUCGAGCUUUGUCAACUAUCGUCAGCCGUUUGGGAACUUUACUGGGGGUCAGUAUAAUGGUAUUGUGAAGGAUGGUGAUGAUGUUGUUGUCAUCUCUGGAGAAGAGACUUUGUCCUAUGUGACUGAAGCCGACAUCAAGGUCGGUGACUCUGUCAUCAUCCACAAAGUCGACAAGCCUCUCAGCUUCGGUCCUCCCCUUCAACUCUUCACCCGUCGCGACAACCUCCUCAACUUCAACGCCGCUCUCAACGCAGCUGGUCUUCCCUACAACUUCGGCAACCUGGACCGCGACUCCUCAACUCUUGUCAACAUCUCUGACUUCACCGUCUUUAUCCCCAACGACCCUGCCUUUGAGGCCAUCGGUUCAGUCCUCAAGGACGCUGAUCUCAAGACUCUGCAGGAGGUGUUGAAGUAUCACAUUGUCGACGAUGUGCUCUUCUCUACUGAUCUCGCCAACGUCAGCGUUCCUAGUCUUCAGGGCGCUGAUUUGACUUUUACUGUUGCUAAGGAUGGAAGUGCUUGGGUCAAUGGUGCUAAGAUUCUCUUCACCAAUGUUCUUCUCUUCAACGGUGUCGCUCAUGUUAUCGACGGUGUCCUCAACCCCGCCGACGACCCCUUUGACCGCGCCGAUCUCAAGCCUGCCGCUGAAGCUGAUGACCGCCUCGCCUUCCCCGGCGCAACACCUGUCUCUAAGCUCCCCUUCUCAGUCAUCAGCUACGCCGACGGCAGCCAGCCCACUUACACCACUCCCGAGCUUCUCAAGACUCUCAAGGCUAUUGACGUCUCAGCUCUUGCUACUGCUACUGCCACCGCUGAUGCUACCACUGGUGCUAACGCUACUCCCACUCCUACUGGAGUCACCCCCGUUGUCAACGCCGCAAGCACCAAAUUCGUUGCUGGUGGGACCUUGAAUCCCUCAAAAGAGGUUUCGGUUAUUCGCCUUGUAAUUAUUGCAUCAUUCCUCAUACCGUCGAAUCAUAGAGGCACACUCUCUCAACUUCCGCUAGCGAGCACAUUCAUCGCGGCACCAACACGGAUUUACCAGCACUACUUGUCCGGAGGAAAGCCAUUCAGUUCGUCCACAUUCAAGCUGCAAGAGCAGUCUCAACCUAUCAGCAUGGGCUCUCAGGUCAAGAAUCUAGAUGGCCUCAAGGAGCAUCUUACUCAUGUUAAACUUGACGAGCUACGCCACUUCUGGUUUGAGCAUAUACCCGAGGGAGCCAGCCGAAUUAUCGCUCCUCGAGAAUUGCAAAAGAGGUGGUUCUUCUCCGACAAAGAAUUCGACAAUUUCUGCGUCACUCGAUUCAGCCCUGUGCUAGAAGCCAUCCGCAACGCGGGAGUUACAUCAGCGCAAGAGCUUCUAUCCAUCGCGAAGCCGCGCAACUCUCUAGACUGGUUAAGCCUCAUCAUCUUGCUCGAUCAAAUUCCACGAAACUCAUAUCGCGGCGAGAAGUCAUCUAUCUGCUUCACUUACUUCGACCCUCUCGCGCAGCAGAUUUCUCUCGAAGCCAUCAAGCAAGGCAUCCCAGACAAGGCACCCGAGAUUCGCUGGGUUUUCUCCCACCGCAACUGGUUCUACAUGCCAUUGAUGCACUCGGAGGACAUAUCGGCACACGAAAAGGCUGUUGCUGCUUUUGAUCAGAUGAACCAGGAUAUACUGAGCUUAAUGAAGGGAACAGGCGGUGCAGAUGAGUACGAGAGGAAGGCAAGAGAAGUGGUGCAGGCGGAUCCUGAGACAGCAAAGUCAGUUGGUGAGACGAAUAAAGUAUUUGAGGAGAAGCACAGGGUGAUUAUUGAGAGGUUCGGGAGAUAUCCGCAUAGGAAUAAAGCGCUCGGAAGGGAGGCGACGCCAGAGGAGGUGGAGUUUCUCGAGAAUGGAGGUGAUACAUUUGGUAGCUGAGAUGCCUGAUGCAUGCAUGGCGGAUCAUUAUGAUCUGCACUAUUGACAAUGACCUCAUUGCGCUAAGAUGCCUGCCAUGUUUGCCUAGGUACGCUAUGAAGAUAAAUUGAUGAUCAAAUAUUCGCGUAUCUAUGUUGAAUUAACUGAUGAAAACAACGGGACAGUCAACCGCCAAGCGUCUC